AUGGAAUCACUCACACGAACCAAACAACCCAUCGCCGUCCUUCCGGAACAUGUUGCUUCAUCAACCACAACAAUUCAGGUGAAACAACAUAGUGUGAGCUGGUCCAGUGGCAACUUCACAAUUUCAAGCACUCCAACUGCCGAAGAACCUCUUUUAAAAAAACUCUUUAGCGUCGAUGGUGAAAUCGCGUCAUGGUCUCAGCGACGACAUUUUCGCGACGCUUCAGGUCUUCCCCUGUUUGACAUAUCUCGGAAAAAGGCGGGGGUAACAUGGUACCUUCAUCUUCCCGGAGAGAGCAGCAGUAAAGGAACCGCUUCUGAGCCUAUUGCUACGGUUGUACCGAAAUGGAGUGCUCUCAAAGACAAGUUUGAUGUUCAUCUUCGUAAUGCUGCUGCAAACGGAGAAGAGACGAUACUGGAGGUUCGCGGACAGAAUGUCUGGAAGUCCAAGACAAAUGUUUAUCACCGGGGUAAUUUGGUGGCGAUCGUAAAAUUGACGGAUAUUGCUGCGGUGUAUCUACCCGUAAAACGACCGUCGUGGGAAGUGGUGGUGGCAGAAGGGAUGGACCUUUCACUAGCCUCGGCAAUUGCUGUUCUUCUUGCUGCAGUGUUAUAUCAGAGCAGUGAGGCACCAUCAAACACUCUCACGAACUCGAGUUACUGA